AUGUCUUUAGUAGACUACGCUUCUUCCUCGGACGAGGAUGUUCCAGACAACAUAGAAGAAGAAGAAGAAGAAAACCUACAGCAGGAACAAAAACAAGAACAAGAACCAAGACCUCAAAUCGAACCUCAAGCCGCAAAGCCACAAAACAACCAGUCAUCUGGGUCGUCAUUACGGAAACCACAAGUAGCAGGGCCAAGUCCUCUUCCUUCGAUAUCUAAGCUUCCGGAUGCUUCAAUGCUAUUGAAUUCGCCAACAGUUGGAUCAGCUGGCAGUGGGAGUGAUCAUGCGUCUCGAGUAUCAGCAGCAAUGGCUGAGAAUGCGUCGCGGAAGAGAGAAUUAAAUGUGGGGUCUUCGCGGAGUGGGAAAGUUGCUAGAGGGAAUUUGGUUGCUACUAAGGAUGUUCCAGAUACUGGAGGGGGUUUGUUAGUUCCUCCUCAGCUUAAAGGAAGGAGCAAUGUUGUGACAGAAGAUAUUGGGAAGCUGUUUGUAAGAAGACAGGCAGAGCCCUCUUCUCACUGA